AUCAGUGUCUGAACUUCUGCCACGAUGUUGUGCUUCAUGAGCGUCCUCUGGCUGGCUGCCACAUGCCUGGACACAGCAACAGCGUCCUACGCUUUGUCCACCACCAAAGUGACCACGUGUGACACUCUGGGCUAUGUGCAUCGCCUCAGCUGUGAGCGUGGAGUGAUUGCUGUACAGGCUGCACUGUACGGACGCCUGGACAGAGAGACCUGCAGUGAGGGAUGGACCAAUAACCUGAAAGACAUCACCUGCUCCCAAAGCGGCACCAAAGCAGUCCUUCAGAACAGAUGUGAUGGGAAGACGACCUGUGAGGUAAUCACAAAUGCUUUCCGCUUCUCUGACCCGUGCUAUGGCACCUACAAAUAUCUGGAGAGCACCUACGCCUGUGUGCUGGAGGUCAGCAGCAGUGUGGUGUGUGAGCACUACAACACCAGACUUCAAUGUGGGCAGGGUCAGAUCCAGGGUUUUAACGUGUCACGGGGGCAGUUCUCUUACGCCAGUGACUGCGCCGGCUUCUUCUCUCCUGGGAUCUGGAUGGGUCUGAUGACCAGUCUCCUCAUGGUCCUGGUGCUCACCUACGGCCUGCACAUGAUCAUGCAGCUGAGGACCAUGGACCGCUUCGACGACCCCAAGGGCCCGGCUAUAUCUGUGCCCCAGACCGAGUGA